UCGAAAAAUAUAAGUGACGUGUCAGGAAGCAAAAUUAAAAAUAUUCAUAAAUUUGUUAAUUGUUUGCGUUUUAUUUCGUUUUGCACCCUUAACAACGUCAGUCUAAAUCGGUCCAUAUCCUGAUAUAGCUCCCGUAGAAACCGGAUUCCAUUUUUGACUUCUUGAGCCCUAGACGCAAUUCUUAUCUAAUUUCGCUGAAAUUUUGCAUAUGACGUUUUGAUAUGACUUUCAACAAAUGUGCCAAAUCGAUACAUUGCAAGCAAAUGUUGUCUCCAGAUACUUUACAUCACCAGGAGGAAGUUAACUCUGCCCUAGAUCGCCAGAUACGUCAAGAUAUACAAGACAUGGCUCAAGAGGCACAAAUUCAAGCACAAAUUAUUUCACAUGAAGCUAGGGACCGAUUCCAGUCUACAUCAAGUGUUGAAGACGAUGGACAUGAUGUGGCACAUGAUGGAAGCGUUACAGUGUUGGGAGUGGUGGAAGAAGAUGACCAUCAUGAAACUAUUGUCGAGGAAGAUAUUUCAGAACAUGAUAUAUCUGAUAUGCACGAUACGAAAGAUUUCAAAGACAUAAUGAUGGACUCCCAGGAUGGUAGCAUGCUUCGGAAAAGACGUGGGAAUCUGCCAAAGCACUCCGUAAAAAUACUCAAGAGGUGGUUGUAUGAACACCGAUAUAAUGCCUAUCCAAGCGAUGCAGAAAAAUUUACACUUUCGCAAGAAGCUAAUUUGACUGUUUUACAGGUAUGCAACUGGUUUAUAAAUGCGCGCCGUCGAAUUUUACCCGAAAUGAUAAGGCGGGAAGGAAACGACCCACUACAUUUUACAAUAUCGCGCCGGGGCAAAAAGCUCAACUCAUCAACAAAUUCCACUGGAAGUAUUAAUGUUUCAGGAAAUGGCCCAAAUCCAAUAACAGGAAGCCCGGCGUCAGAAGUGAUAGUUGGAGCCACCGAGGAAGUCGAAGGUGAAGAAGUUCAUGAUGGCGUGGCUAAUGUGUUAACAGCUCUUGGUCAUUUUGUCCAAACCCCAGGUGGGCAGAUGGUAAAAGUUGAACCGGAAAUCGAAUAUGACGACAGUGUUAUAUAUAGGUCAGAAGAUGAUAGUGUCAAUGAAUACGAUACCUGUGAUGCAGCCAGUGAAGAAGAAGGCAAAUUUGGGAAUUCUGAUGCCUGGCAAUCUGUUAUGAACACCGAAGAAGUCACUACGACUAGUCCAAACACAGCCCAUAAUACAUUUUGGUCUUCGUCACACCCUCAGAUGUCGCGUGCUUCACAUUCUCUUAGUGAAAGAUCCUCACAAGCUACGGCUGUUCCUUCAACACAACAUCAGUCUUCUAACAUCAUUUUGUCUGGUGAAGAAACUAUCAACCCUGAAGAAGCUAUUGUUGGAGCGGAAGCUACAGUAGUCACGUCUAAUAAUUUUGCCCGGAAUGCAAAUAAUAACAUUAUAUUCAGCAACAACGACAUAGUAGCAAGUAAUACGAGAGGCCAUUUAAUUAAGGGUUUUGGUUGUUGUGCUAAAGAUAAAUUUAAAUGUCUGUACUUGCUAGUGGAAACUGCAGUGGCUGUGCGUCAAAAGCAAAAGGACCAUGACGACGAUAUCCAUGUGCUAGGAGAUUGAAUCGAACAUCUGAAACAACUAAUUUAACAUAGAUAUAAAUUCGAAUUUAUCAUCUUUAACCUUUUUUUCUUAACAUUAAAUUAAUUUUUGUUUUUUCACAUCAA